AAUGUCUUUUCCUUUUCUCGUCCUGCACUGCCUGUGCAGUGCUCUGGAUGAAUUGGGUUCAGACAAACUGAAGCGUUUUAAGUUGUACCUUUCUGAGAGGAUCAUGGAGGGCUUUGAGCCAAUUCCCAGAGGACAGCUGGAGCAGUGUGAUGCCACAGAGAUUGCCUCUAAGAUGAAGGAAGUAUAUGGGGAGGAUGGCGCUGUGAAACUGACUCUGACCAUCUUGAGGAUGAUGAGCUGCAAUGUUAUUGCUGACAGACUGCAGGAGUCCAUCACCUCAGCAGGCCAGUGAGAAGAGAUUCAGGAGCUGCAGCCUUCCUCUUGGUGGCAGAGCAGAUGGCUGCAG